AUGUCAUUGGCCAAAAGUAUCGCACAGGAAUGGGUGGUAGACCCUUUCCAUAGACUGAAAUGGGGGUUUAUUCCUACCAGAAGAAUAGUGGACGAAUCGGACAUCGCGGUGCACACGGGAAACUCAGAAUCGGAGCUGGAACAAGAAACACACACGGAGCAUCCCGAAAAGGUGCUAAAUGGGUCUGGAUCCGAUAAAGCGUCCGAUGUCAAGACAGAACAGCAUUCGAACGACGAGGAAGAAGAAGAAGAAGAAACUGAACAGGAAACACACUUGGAAUACAGAGACGAAGCCAACCGCAAAUGGUGGGCUUUCUUCAACGAAGGCGAGUACCGUGUCAACGACAAACAGGCCAGUGGCACCAAAUGGUGGCAGUGGUUCGGAAGCGGCGUUUCGCCGCAGGAGCGAAAACUGCUGCUUAAACUGGACAUUUUGCUGGCCUUCUACUCGUGUAUGGCCUACUGGGUCAAAUACCUGGAUUUUUCUAACCUCAACAACGCCUUCGUCUCCGGGAUGCGUGAAGAACUCGGCUUCAAGGGUAACGAUCUUGUUAACACCCAGGUGAUGUUCACGGUCGGUAACAUCGUGUUCCAACUGCCCUUCAUCUUCAUUCUCAACAAAGUGCCGCUCAAUUAUCUGCUGCCCGCUCUCGAUAUCUGCUGGUCCGUGCUCACCAUCGGCAGCUCCAAAGUUAACUCCAUCUCUCAUUUGAAGGCCAUCCGGUUUUUCAUCGGUGUCUUUGAAGCCCCCGCUUAUCUGGCCUACCAGUAUCUGUUUGGCUCCUUUUACAAGCACGACGAAAUGGUGCGCCGUUCUGCGUUCUAUUAUUUCGGUCAAUACGCAGGUAUCAUGUCUGCUGGUGGUAUUCAAGCUUCCGUUUACGCAGUUCUAGACGGCAGGGGCGGUCUUUCCGGCUGGAGAUGGAAUUUCAUCAUCGACGGUUGCAUAUCCCUAGCUGUCGGUAUCAUCGGAUUCUACGCUUUGCCAGGCGACCCUUUCAACUGCUACUCCAUCUUCCUUACCGACGAUGAGAUCAGAUUGGCCCGUAAGAGGGUGCAACAAAACAAUACCCAGAAGGCAGACUUCUCGUCCAAAUUCUUCAACAAGAAGGUGUGGCUCCGCAUCCUGACCGACUGGAAGAUUUACGUUCUUACCUUGUGGAAUAUCUUUUGCUGGAACAACAACAACGGUUCUUCAGGUGCUUACUUGCUAUGGCUGAAGUCCCUCAAGAAAUACUCCAUUCCAGAACUUAACAGACUCAGUAUGAUUACUCCCGCUCUAGGUAUGAUCUAUUUGGCCAGUGCAGGUCUUUUUGCCGAUAAACUACACAGCAGAUGGGGUGCCAUCGUUUUUACUCAGGUUUUUAACUUUAUUGGUAACGUCAUCCUCGCUGCCUGGAAUGUUCCUCAGGGUGCCAAAUGGUUUGCAUUCAUGCUUCAAUACUUUGGGUGGGCUAUGGCCCCUGUCUUAUAUUCUUGGCAAAACGAUAUCUGUCGUCGUGACGCGGAAGCCAGAUCUAUUAUUUUGGUUAUCAUGAACAUGUUGGCCCAAACUACGACCGCUUUCAUGUCCGUGCUUGUUUUCAAGACUGUGGAAGCGCCAAGAUUCUUAAAGGGUUAUACUUGGACCGCGGUUUCUGCAUUCUGUCUGUCAUUAUGGACUCUAGUUGUUCUAUGGCUGUACAAGCGUGAGGAAAAACAAAACGCAAGAUCGAACGGUAUUGUUCUUUAUAAUUCUAAGAAGGAGGGAGUCCCUCCUGUUGAAUCCCCAACAGCCUAG